UUGUCAAACAAUGUCAUAUCCGCUAGACUAUGUGUCUAGUGUAUACAUUUAGUUUGCAUCGUUUACAUACAUCAAUCCUGCUACAACCCAACGUUUGAGUCCUUGGUUUGAGCUAGUUCCUAAAUAUGUAACCUACCAUAAAGGCGAUAAAUGAAAAGAAAAUGAACAAUAUCGUAAUAAUCAAAGAAGAAUCAGCAUCAGCACCCCUUCAGACAAACACAACCCAAGAGCAAAGAUGUUGUGCACCUGGUUGUGAAACACGAGAAAUUACCAACGGUGUUAUACUGUAUCCGUUUCCAGACCCAGACAGGCACACCUUGAGGCACCGAAUCUGGAAGCAACUACUUUUGAUUAGUGGUGAUGUGUCUAGCUCGGAUCGUGUAUGCAGUUUACAUUUUACAAAGGAAAGUUUCACAUUCAACAAGGAUUAUACCAGAACCAAUGUACUAAGAUCAGACGCAUUCCCAUGCGCAACCAGCAAGUUUAUUUUACCUCUAGAACAGCGACAACUCUUUGCCGGCAUGAAAAUAGGCGCGCCUACUCCUCUUAAGAGAAAAAGGAAAAAGCCCUCUCCAGUAGAAACAAUUGAGUUUGAUAGCAACUCCAGUAUUCCUCACGAAGAAAUGCUUUAUAUAGAGGAGUUUGAAGAUCAUUCUAAUCUUAUAGUAGAGGAGAAUAUUCUUUAUGAGGAAUUAGAAUAGUUUGUAAGCUGCUUAAAUAUAUUCUAUUUUAAUUUAA